AUGGCCGACGACCUCCACACUGCAACAUUCACAUGGCCGUCUACAGAUGCUACAGAAGUCAUCCUUACAGGCACCUUUGAUAACUGGUCCAAGUCUCUGACCUUGACCAAGAAUGACAAGGGCUUCACUGGCUCAAUUCAAAUUCCAUGGGGAUCUGAAGUUCAAUACAAGUAUGUCGUCGAUGGCGUAUGGCAUACGUGCCAGGAACAGUCCGUCACACUCGAUGGCUCGAAUGAUAACAACGUAUAUACUGCCCCAGCCAAGGCAGCUCCGGCACCUGAAGCAGACACUCUUGUUGCAGCGGCGGCACCUGGUCCUACUUCCGUCCCUGAGUCUUCCGCUCCGGCUCCAGAACCGGUUGCGGCCUACACUGAGGCGGCUGCUCCUUCUCCCCUCCCUCCCACUGAGCUCGAUGGCUCUAAAUUGCCCACUGAUUCCGAUUCGGCGGACAAAUCGAGCACUGAGCCCCCUGCUAAGCCGGCGGAAGAGCCAACUACAGCACCGGCCACUCAGCCCACCACCGAAGAGACCGCGGAGCUUGUUACUAAGCCCACUACUGAGGAAACCGCAGAGCCUAUUACUAAAUCCGCCGCCGAGCCUGUCGUCACUGAGCCCGAAGUUCAGCCAACUGCGCAACCAGUCGCCACUCCGAUUGUUGCUGCCGCUGCGGCCGUUCUUCCCGCAUCUGCAAUUCCCAUUGUUGAAAAGGUCGAGGAAGAAGUUGCCCCCAUCAUUGCUCAAGUCCAGGAGGCAGCCGCUCCUCUGGUCGCUAAGGUCGAAGAGGUGGUGGCUCCCAUAGUUGAAAAAGUUCAGGAGACUACCGCUCCGGUCACAGAACAGGUCCAGGCCACCGUGGCCACAGUUCAAAACACUGCUGCUCCCCAUGUUGAACAAGCAAAGACCACAGUCAUUCCUGCUGUCAACGAUACUCAUGCCACUGUUGAGACUUCAGUUCAGUCGGCUACUGCGGAUGCCAUCCCUAUUGUGGCCAGUGCUAUCGAGGCUACCCAACCUCACGUCGAAGCCGCCAAAGAGGCUGUUGCUCCGCAUAUCGAGGCCGCCCAGGCCGCCGUUGCUCCUCACGUCGAGGUCGUCCAGGAAACUGUUGCCCCUCACCUUGAUGCGGUCAAGCAGGCCACUGCCCCCCACGUCGAAGCCAUCGUUAACAGUGCUCCUGUGCAGGACGCGAAAGCCAAGGUUGAAGAGAUUGCAUCUAGCGAUGAAGCUAAAUCUGUCACAGAUACGAUUAUUGCAAAGGAAGGUGCUGAAAAUGGCUCAGCGCAAUACGUACUUUCUGGCGUUGGAGCAGCUAUCCAUACUGUUACUGGGAUUGACCCAAUUAACGCUCAAAAGGCAAAUACACAAACCUCCGCUCUCGCCGACUCUGCGCCCGAGCCUACCACUACUGGCGCUGCCCCAAAGGAUCUUGUCCCCACAACUGCACUGCUCGAGCCUUCCGGGGCCCCGGCCACGGAUGCUCUUAUCUCUACCCCCGCACAUGCCGAGAACAUUGUGACCACCCUAGCGCUCGAGGAAAGCACGCCCGUUGCCGAUGAAAAGAAGGUCGCUCCUCUUGAACCCACGGUCGUCCCAGUUGCUGAAAUUACGAAAGCUGCACCUGUGACUGAAGAGCUCAAGGAAACCGCUCCAGCGAUCGAAGAUUCCAAGAAACCUGUUCAUGUGGACAACGAACUAAAGGAAGCCGCUCCUACCGAAUCCAAUCAACCUGAUACCGAGCUGAAGGAGGUAGUUCCUGCCCCUCUUAAGGUGGCACCCGAGCCUGAGCCUAAGUCCGAGCCCGAACCCAAGUCAGAACCCGAGCCAGCCGUAAUCAACGAAGAAGCUGUUGCCAAAGAACAGGUUGCGCUCAAGGAUUCCGAGGACGUCAUUCCCAAAGAGGCCGCUACCACUAAGGAGGAGCCCGUCAGCGAUGGUACCCCCGAGGUUGCUGCCCCCAAGGAACCCACUCCUGCUGAAGAACCUGUCCCCAAGGUUGCUGUUGUCGUCUCGGAAGAUACCGCACCUAAUGAUGCAGCAGUUCCAAAAGAGGAAUUUGCACCCAAGCCGGACGAUACCGGCAAGGAUACGGCUCCAGCAGCAGCCGUUGUCAAUGAUAGUGUCGCUCCCAAGGAGGAUGUCACCCCUAAAGAGGAUGUUGCCCCCAAGGAGGACGCUGCUCCCAAGGAGGAGGUUGUCCCGAAAGACGUUCCGAAAGAGGCCACCGAGCAACCCAAAGAAAGCCUUGCUGUUCCCGAGGCAGCGCCCAAGGAAACCACCAAGCUUGAUACCAACCUUUCCCCUCCUACCGCCCAGACCUUCUCGAAGAGCGCGCCCGUUACCCCUGCAAACAGGACCCGCUUCCCAGAUGAAUCAGACGGGAGCCCAACUGAGUCGACCAAACCGGAGAGCCUCCGUAAGAAGCGUCAUUCGAUUUUCGGUAGGAUUAAGAGCGUCUUUUUUGGUAGCUCGGAGAAGCGCAGCGGUACCGACUCGGCUUGA